AUGAUAAACGUCCAGCGUGGCAUUGAGGCAUAUUGCACAACAUCAUCGCCAUUCCCACCGGCUACCGGUGCGCGGUUUAGGGGCGAGCCCUCCGCCCCAAGGGAACUUGCAUCGCGCAGCACGGUGAAGACGGCGUUUCGCGACGUUCGCGAAGACCUGUUUACAAACGUGGCGAACUGCUGCUGCAGCAUACGCUCCCUUUCACUCGAAUCCGUCGAGUCACUCUCCACGUCUUCAUACUCGCUGACCGACUCGGCAGAAUUGUCCACGCUUUCUUUUACGCGCGCAUCAGACGUUGACAGCGCUUCCGCCUUCCGCAGCGCCCUGAGCUCGCUCCAUGGAACAGACGCCUGGGCCAGUGGGCGUUCGUUAAACAGAGAAGAUUCCCUCUCAAGCUGA